AUGAUUUCCCGUGGAAAUAUCCCUAUCUGGAGAGUGGGAAUCUGCAUAGGAUUCUUGCUGGCUCUCUUUUCUUCUUGCUAUGCACAAGAUGCCAGUGCAGAGAAGGAGCCCAGAGCUGAAGAAAUCCCAGAGGGAGCAUCCACCUUAGCAUUUGUGUUUGAUGUGACUGGCUCUAUGUAUGAUGACUUAGUUCAAGUUAUUGAAGGGGCAUCUAAAAUUUUGGAAACCUCUCUGAAAAGACCUAAGAAACCACUUUACAACUUUGCUUUGGUGCCUUUCCACGAUCCAGAAAUUGGCCCAGUGACAAUUACCACAGAUUCCAAGAAAUUUCAAUAUGAACUCCGGGAACUUUAUGUUCAGGGUGGUGGUGACUGUCCAGAGAUGAGCAUUGGUGCAAUCAAAAUUGCUCUAGAAAUUUCUCUUCCUGGUUCUUUCAUCUAUGUAUUUACUGAUGCACGAUCCAAAGAUUAUAGGCUGACACAUGAAGUACUCCAGCUCAUUCAGCAGAAGCAGUCACAGGUUGUAUUUGUGUUGACUGGAGACUGUGAUGAUAGGUCACAUAUUGGUUACAAGGUCUACGAAGAAAUUGCCUCAACAAGUUCUGGUCAAGUUUUCCAUUUGGACAAAAAGCAAGUUAAUGAGGUGUUGAAGUGGGUAGAAGAAGCGGUGCAGGCCUCCAAAGUGCAUCUCCUAUCCACAGACCAUUUAACCUUGGCAGUAAAUACUUGGCAAAUUCCUUUUGAUCCCAGUCUGAAAGAGGUCACAGUGUCACUGAGUGGCCCUUCUCCAGUAAUUGAAAUUCAUGAUCCAUUAGGUAAGCAGAUGAGGAAAGGAUCUGGCUUGAAUGAGUUGCUAAAUAUCCAUAACUCUGCAAAGGUGGUGAAUGUAAAAGAUCCAGAACCGGGAAUGUGGACGAUUAAGACGUCCAGCAGUGGAAGGCACUCUGUUCGUAUAACAGGUCUCAGUACUAUUGAUUUUCGAGCUGGUUUUUCUAGAAAGCCAACACUAGACUUCAAAAAAGCAUCCAGCAGACCAGUGCAAGGAAUACCUACCUAUGUGCUAUUGAAUACAACAGGGAUCUCUCUUCCAGCUAGAGUGGACCGUCUAGAACUUCUGAGUAUCACAGGGGAGCUUCUUAAGACGAUGCCUGUGAAAUACUAUCCUGAUCGAAAACCCUAUGGAAUAUGGAAUAUUACUGACUUCAUCCCACCAAAUGAAGCCUUUUUUGUUAAAAUAAUGGGGUAUGACAAGGAAGAUUAUCUCUUCCAGAGAGUGUCAAGUGUUUCAUUUUCUAGUAUUGUUCCUGAUGCUCCAAAAGUUAUAAUGCCCAAGAAAACUCCAGGAUACUACCUGCAGCCAGGGUAUAUAUCUUGCCAUGUGGAAAGUCUUAUACCUUUUACUCAGCGUUUCAGCAGAAAUGGAAUAAAACUGGGAAUGGAUCAGUUCUUCAGAGAAUCGUCUAGCGUGAACUGGGAAAUUGCCAAGGUCUCCUUGUCUGAUGAAGGAUAUUAUGAAUGCAUUGCCAUUAGCAGUGUGGGCACUGGACGUGCUCAGACAUUUCUGGAUGUGUCAGAGCCCCCACCUGUGGUUCAGGUUCCUAAUAAUGUCACCGUCACCCCUGGGGAGAGAGCCAUAUUGACCUGCCUAACCUUAAGCACAGUGCGUUACAAUCUCACCUGGCAGAGAAAUGGCAAUGACUUGAGGCUUGUGGAGCCCUCCCGAAUAAGGAUGAUGAGCAAUUUGUCUUUAGAAAUAAAAUCUGUAAAGCUCACAGAUGCUGGCGAGUACAGUUGCACUGCUUCCAAUGAAGGUGGAUCUACUGUGGCUUCUGUCUUCCUCACAGUACAAGAACCACCCAAAGUUGUCAUAUCACCUAGGAAUCGGUCUUUUACAGAAGGCUCCGAGGUGUCUAUAAUGUGUUCUGCGACAGGUUAUCCAAAGCCAAAGAUAGUCUGGACACACAAUGACAUGUUUAUCUUGAGAUCAGACAGAUAUAGGUUGACCCCAGAAGGCACUUUGAUAAUUAAAAAGGCCGUUCCAAAAGAUGCAGGACUUUAUGGUUGUUUGGCCAGUAACUCAGCUGGGACAGAGAGACAGACUUCUACCCUCACAUACAUUGAGGGCCCGAAGUUGACUGUAGUUCACAGUGAAAUUCUGGUUGCCCUUGGAGACACAACUGUAAUGGAAUGUAAAACCACUGGGAUCCCACCUCCUCAAAUUAAAUGGUUUAAAGGUGACCUAGAGUUGAGGGCAUCCAUGUUUCUUAUCAUUGACUCUAAUCGGGGUCUUUUGAAGAUCCAGGAAACGCAGGAUCUGGAUGCUGGUGAUUAUACUUGUGUGGCCAGCAAUGAUGCAGGAAGAGCAUCUGGCAAGAUAACUUUAGAUGUUGGUUCUCUCCCAGUUUUCACACAGGAACCUAGUGAUGAAUCUGUGGAUAUUGGAUCAAACGUGACAUUGCCUUGCUAUGUCCAGGGUUACCCAGAACCAAAGGUUAAAUGGAGACGGUUGGAUGGCGCCCCUCUUUUCUCCAGACCCUUUGCAGUUAGUUCCAUCGGUCAGCUCAGAACGGGUGCCCUGUCUAUUAACAAUUUGUGGGUCAGUGAUGAGGGAACUUACAUCUGUGAAGCUGAAAACCAGUUCGGAAAGAUCCAGUCACAGCCGGCCACAAUAACAGUAACAGGACUGGUUGCACCUCUAAUUGGAAUGAGCCCAGCAGUAGCCAAUGUAAUUGAAGGACAGCAGCUUACUUUGCCUUGUGUACUGCUGGCUGGAAACCCAAUUCCAGGGCGGAGAUGGAUUAAAAAUGAUAUGGUGUUGGUCCCAAAUCCCUACGUUAAUGUUCGCAGUGACGGGAGUCUGCACCUUGAAAGAGUUCGGCUACAGGAUGGAGGGGAAUAUACUUGCAUGGCAAGUAAUGUAGCUGGGACAAAUAACAAAACUACCACCAUCAGUGUAUUUGUUCUACCUAUCAUUCAGCAUGGACAGCAGAUAUUCAGUACAAUUGAAGGAAUCCCAGUAACAUUACCGUGCAAAGCAAGUGGAGUUCCUAAGCCAUCCAUCGUCUGGUCCAAGAAAGGAGAGCUGAUUCCUCCCAGGAAUAUGAAAUUUUCUGCUGGGUCUGAUGGAAGUUUGUAUGUAGUUUCACCAGGAGGAGAGGAGACUGGGGAGUAUAUGUGCACAGCAACAAAUGCGGCUGGUUAUGCAACACGGAAAGUCCAACUAACUGUUUAUGUGAAACCCAGAGUGUCCAGGCCUGGAAACCAGCAAGGAGGUACAUAUGACAAACCCAUAGAGAUUUCAGUGACUGCAGGGGAAGAUGUCACACUUCCAUGCGAGGUGAAGAGUUUGCCACCCCCCAUAAUUACCUGGGCCAAAGAAAUGCAGCUUAUCUCUCCAUUCUCUCCAAGACACACCUUCCUUCCCUCAGGGUCAAUGAAGAUCACUGAGACGCGAGUUUCAGACAGCGGAAUGUAUAUCUGCGUGGCCACAAAUAUUGCUGGGAAUGUGACUCAGUCAGUAAAGCUAAAUGUAUAUGUUCCUCCAAAGAUACAACGUGGGCCUCGAGUUAUGAAAGUACAAGUUGGUCACAGAGUUGAUAUACCGUGCAAUGCUCAAGGGAUCCCUCCCCCAACAGUCACCUGGUUCAAAGGCAGAAAUACCAUGCUAAUAGAUGGAGGACAGUAUAUCAGCAAUCCGGAUGGAACACUGAGCAUCAGCAAAGUCCAGCUUUCAGACUCUGGAAUCUACAAGUGUGUUGCUAGUAACAUAGUUGGCAGUGAUGAAUUGGAGAUAACGAUACAAGUUCAAGAACCUCCUACAGUAGAUGAUCUUGACCCUCCUUACAACACUCCAUUUCAAGAAAGAGUUGCAAAUCAACGCAUUGCAUUUCCAUGUCCAGCAAAAGGCACCCCAAAACCUGUCAUCAAAUGGUUACGUAAUGGCAGGGAGCUGACUGGCAAUGAGCCAGGCAUUUCAAUUUUGGAGGAUGGGACACUGCUUAUCAUUGCUUCAGUUACACCGUACGACAAUGGAGAAUACAUCUGCCUAGCAGUGAAUGAAGCAGGAAGCACAGAAAGAAAAUACAAUCUGAAGGUUCAUGUUCCUCCUGAAAUUCAAGAUCAAGAAAAGGUGACAAAUGCAUCUGUAGUGGUUAAUCAGCCUGUGAAUCUCUACUGUGAAGUGUCAGGCAACCCCUUUCCCAUCAUCACAUGGUAUAAAGAUGAUGUCCAGGUUGUGGAAAGCAGUACUCUCCAGAUUUUGCAUAAUGGGAAGAUACUGAAGCUCCUUAAGGUUGCUGCUGCUGAUGGUGGACAGUAUUCAUGCAAAGCAACUAACAUAGCAGGGAGUUCUGAGAAGCUAUUUAAUGUAGAAGUGCUAGUUCCACCAAACAUAAAAGGUGCUGACACACCAGGGGAAGUUUCAGUCACCCUCAACCAAGAGACCAGUCUGGAGUGUAAAGUCAAAGGCUCUCCUUUUCCUGUCAUUCAGUGGUUCAAAGAUGGCAAGCCCCUUUUUUUGGGAGAUCCUAAUAUCGACCUUCUGGACAAAGGACAAGUUCUGCGCAUAAAGAGUGCUAGAAGACUCGACAAAGGACGCUAUCAGUGCAGUGUGACCAAUGCUGCUGGCAAACAAGUCAAGGAAGUCAAGCUGAUCAUCCAUGUCCCACCUACUAUUAAAGGAGGAAAUAUUACUACUGAGAUAUCCACGCUGCUCAGCAGCUUAAUAAAGCUGGAAUGUGAAACCAGGGGAAUCCCAGCCCCUGCCAUUACAUGGUAUAAAGAUGGACACCCGAUUAUUUCAAGUCCACAAGCUCUUUAUGUGGACAGGGGGCAGUUCCUUCAGAUUCCUCGGGCUCAAGUCUCGGAUUCUGCUAAGUAUACCUGCCUGGUGAUCAACAUUGCUGGCACUGCUGAAAAAAUAUAUCAAGUGGAUGUCUAUGUUCCUCCGGUUAUUGAGGGUGGCUCUGACACAGUCCAGAACAAGCAGGUGAUUGCUGGAAAUUCACUGACAUUGGAGUGUAAAGCUGCUGGCAACCCCCCUCCUCUCCUUACCUGGUUAAAAGAUGGAGUGCCUGUGAAAGCAAGUGAUAACCUCCACAUUGUGUCUGGUGGGAAGAAACUGGAGAUCUUGAAUGCUGUAGAGGCCGAUCAUGGCCAGUACAUAUGUGUGGCCACCAGCAUAGCAGGAGAAAAAGAAAUCAAAUAUGAUGUUGAAAUCUUAGUCCCACCACUUGUGGAAAGGGGAGAGGAACCUUCAAACUACAUUGUGAUCCUUCAUAGCCCUCUGGAGCUGGACUGUCCAGCAACAGGAACCCCUCCACCGACUAUCAUGUGGUUGAAAGAUGGCCAGCCAGUUGAAGAGGGAGAUGGAUAUAAGAUCUUAUUAAAUGGACGCAAACUUCUCAUCUCCCGGGCUCAAGUGUCGGACACAGGCCGCUAUAAGUGUGUGGCAACAAACAAGGCAGGAGACCAUGAAAGGGAAUUGGAUAUUACUGUGCAUGUUCCUCCAACAAUCAAAUCCACUGGCCCUUCUGAGAGAGGUGUGGCGGUAUACAAACCCAUGACAUUGCAAUGCGUAGCCAACGGUAUACCCAGUCCUUCCAUUACGUGGUUAAAAGAUGGCCAGCCAGUAAACACAGCCAGAGGAAAUAUCCGACUGGAGUCUUCAGGCCGCAUUCUGCAAAUUGCCAAGGCCCUCCUGGAAGAUGCUGGUAGAUACACCUGCGUGGCAACAAAUGCUGCAGGAGAAGCCCAGCAGCACAUUCGGCUUCAUGUGCAUGAACCACCCAGUCUGGAGCAUUCAGGGAAGAUGUUAAAUGAAACAGUGGUGGUGAAUAACCCAAUCCACCUUGAGUGCAAAGCAUCUGGAAAUCCUUUGCCAACUAUCACAUGGUACAAAGACAGUCAUCCACUCACUAGUGCUGCAAGUGUCACGUUCUUAAACAGGGGGCAAAUCGUUCAGCUUGACAGUGCCCAGAUCUCUGACACUGGCAUUUAUAAAUGUGUGGCUGUCAAUACAGCAGGAACAGCUGAGCUCUUUUACAACCUGCAGGUUCAUGUCCCCCCAUCAAUUUCUGGCAGGAAUGAGAUGGUGGCAGUGGUGGUUAAUAAUCUAGUGAGGUUGGAAUGUGAAGCCAGAGGUAUCCCUACACCCAUUCUGACUUGGCUGAAAGAUGGUAGCCCUGUUUCCAGCUUUUCUGAUGGACUCCAGGUAACUGAUGCAAACCUUAGUACUUGUGGGUUUUUUGUGCCACCAAGUAUUUCUGGUUCAGAUGAACUCUCCCAACUGGCAGUAAUUGAAGGAAGCCUUAUCAGUUUGGUAUGUGAAUCCAGUGGUAUUCCACCACCAAGCCUUACCUGGAAAAAGAACAGUUCUCCAUUGCCGGCUGACCUUACAGGAAGAGUCAGAGUGCUAUCUGGAGGCAGACAGUUGCAGAUUUCAAUUGCUGAAAAAUCUGAUGCUGCAUCCUAUGUGUGUCUGGCUUCAAAUGUAGCUGGAAACACAAAGAAAGAAUACAAUUUGCAAGUUUAUGUUCGCCCAACUAUACUGAACAGUGGGAACCACCCGUUCGAAGUUGUUGUAACCCGAGGGAAUAAUGUUUCACUGGAGUGCAAAGUACUGGGUAACCCACAGCCAGCAAUAACCUGGAUGAAAGAUAGUCGUCCCCUUGUCAACGGGAGGGGAGUAGAAAUACUGAAUGAUGGACAUCUUCUUCAGCUGAAGAACGCCCAAGUGUCUGACACUGGCCGCUACGUGUGUGUGGCUGUGAAUGUGGCAGGACUGACUGAUAGGAAAUAUGAUGUAAACAUUCAUGUCCCUCCAAGUGUUGUAGGUGACCUGGAAGUGCCUGAAAACAUCAGCACGGUGGAGAAAAAUCCUGUCUCUCUGAUCUGUGAAGCAUCUGGAAUUCCCCUGCCAUCAAUAACAUGGCUCAAGAAUGGAAGGCCUAUCCCCUUGAAUAGCUCUGUGAGAAUUCUGUCAGGGGGUAGGACACUACGUUUAAUGCAGACUAAAGUGGAAGAUGCUGGUCAAUAUACCUGUAUAAUAACCAAUGCUGCAGGAGAAGCAAGGAAACAUUUUGGCCUUUCAGUUUUAGUGCCCCCAGGGAUUGUGGGUGAGAAUAAACUGGAGGAUGUGAAAGUGAAAGAAAAACACAGUGUUACAUUAACUUGUGAAGUCAUAGGGAAUCCUAUACCACAGAUUACAUGGGUAAAAGAUGGUCAGCCUCUUACCCAGGAUGGAGAUCACCAGAUUCUGUCCAGUGGACGUUUUCUUCAAAUCACCAACGCUCAAGUUGCUGACACAGGGCGAUAUACAUGUGUUGCAUCCAAUGUAGCUGGUGACAAAAGCAAAAGUUACAGUCUCAAUGUACUUGUGUCUCCAACCAUUGCGGGUACAGACAGUCAUGGCAGUGCAGAAGACGUCACUGUUAUCCUGAAUAGCCCCACAUCCCUGGCUUGUGAGGCUUAUUCAUACCCACCAGCUACAAUUACCUGGCUAAAAGAUGGAGCUCCACUGGAAUCUAACAGAAAUAUCCGAAUUUUGCCGGGAGGGCGAACUCUGCAGAUUCUAAAUGCACAGGAGGACAGUGCUGGUAGAUACACCUGCAUAGCCACAAAUGAAGCUGGGGAAACACUGAAACACUAUGAAGUGAAAAUCUACAUUCCACCCGUUAUUAACAAAGGAGACAUCUCAGGGAUGGGUUUCUCUCCUAAAGAAGUGAAGAUCAAAAUAAACAACAGCCUUACUCUGGAGUGUGAAGUUCAUGCGAUUCCUGCUGCUGCCAUCAGCUGGUAUAAGGAUGGACAGCCUAUUAAACCAGAUGCUCAUGUUACCAUCCAAGCCAGUGGCCGGACUCUGCAGAUAAAGGAAGCUCAGGUAUCAGACACUGGUCGUUACGCAUGUUUGGCAUCCAAUGUUGCUGGAGAGGAUGAAAUAGAAUUUGAUGUGAACAUACAAGUUCCUCCUAGGUUCCAAAAACCUCCCAGAGCAUGGGAAGUUGGUAACACAGUAGAUACAGGCAGAGGUGGAGAAACCAAAGAUGUGAUUGUCAACAAUCCUCUUUCUCUGUAUUGUGAGACCAAUGCUGUGCCCCCUCCUGUUCUCACAUGGUAUAAAGAUGGCUACCCUCUGAGCUCCAGUGAUAAAGUACUGAUAUUACCAGGAGGCAGAGUGUUACAGAUUCCACGGGCUCAGGCAGAAGAUGCGGGGAGAUAUACAUGUGUGGCUGUAAACGAAGCUGGAGAAGAUUCCAUUCAAUAUGAUGUCCAUGUGCUCUUGCCACCAUCCAUUAACGGAGCUGAUGCUGAUCUGCCUGAAGAGAUCACUGUGCUUGUGAACAAGACCACAGUGAUGGAAUGUGUGGCAACUGGCAGCCCUGCUCCAAGCAUAAGUUGGCAAAAGGAUGGCCAGCUCCUAGCAGAAGACGACCAACACAAGUCUUUAUCUGGUGGAAGGAUGUUACAGAUCCUAAAUUCCCAAAUAACAGAUACCGGCAGGUAUGUCUGUGUUGUGGAGAACAUAGCCGGAAGUGCCAAAAAGUAUUUUAACCUUAAUGUUCAUGUUCCUCCGAGUGUUGUAGGUACUAAUUUUGAGAAUUUGACUGUGGUGGUGAAUAAUUUCAUCUCCUUGACCUGUGAGGUCACUGGCUUCCCUCCUCCUGAUCUCAGCUGGCUCAAGAAUGGAAAACCUAUCAGCUUGAAUACUAAUACUCUCAUUGUGCCUGGUGGUCGGACUCUGCAAAUUCCUCGAGCCAGACUCUCAGAUGGUGGUGAAUACAUUUGUAUAGCCAGAAACCAAGCUGGAGAAAGCAAGAAAAAGAGUUUCCUUACUGUUUAUGUCCCCCCGAAUAUUAAAGACCACAGUGGAGCAUCUCUUGCAGUGGUGACUGUGAGAGUGGGAAUCCCAGUAACCUUAGAGUGUGAGUCCAAUGCAGUCCCACCACCUGUUAUCACAUGGUACAAGAAUGGACGCAUGAUCACGGAGUCUGCAAACAUAGAGAUCCUAGCAGAUGGACAAAUGCUACAAAUCAAGAGUGCUGAGGUGUCUGACACUGGCCAGUAUGUGUGUAAAGCCAUAAACAUUGCAGGGCGAGAUGAUAAAAAUUUCCAUCUUAAUGUUUAUGUUCCACCAAGUAUAGAAGGCCCUGAACAAGACUGGAUCAACGAAACGAUUAGUAAUCCUGUCACCUUUGCAUGUGACGCUACUGGAAUUCCUCCACCAACACUAAUAUGGCUAAAGAAUGGGAAGCAUAUAGAAAACUCUGACUCACUUGAAAUACAUAUUUUGUCUGGAGGAAGCAAGCUGCAGAUUUCCCGCUCUCAGAUUUCAGAUAGUGGAAACUACACUUGCAUAGCCUCAAAUGUAGAAGGAAAAGCGCAGAAGAGUUACAUCCUUUCCAUUCAAGUUCCUCCAAAUAUUGUUGGAUCUGAAAUGCCAAGUGAAGUCAGUGCCCUCCUUGGGGAAAGUAUCCAGCUCGUCUGCAAUGCCAAAGGAAUUCCCAGACCUGCUAUUCAGUGGCUUAAAGAUGGAAACCCAGUUACCAGCAAUGAAUCACAAAGAAUAAGAGUGACUCCAGAUGGCAGCGCCUUAAACAUUUUCAGAGUGCUCACAUCUGAUGUGGGAAAAUACACUUGUGUGGCUACUAAUCCUGCAGGAGAAGAAGAUCGAAUUUUCAACUUGAAUGUUUAUGUUCCACCAGCAAUAGCUAAUAAUAAAGAUGAAGCAGAGAAGCUAAUUGCCCUACAGGAUGCCUCCAUAAACAUUGAAUGUACUGCUGUUGGCACCCCACCACCACAAAUAAACUGGCUUAAGAAUGGGCUUCCUCUCUCUAUCUCAUCCCAGAUCAGGUUGUUGUCAGCUGGACAGAUUCUCAGAAUUGUGAGAGCUCAGGUGUCUGAUGUUGGUGUGUACACUUGUGUAGCAUCUAACAGAGCUGGAGUGGACAAUAAACACUAUAAUCUUCAAGUUUAUGUACCACCAACCAUGGACAAUGCAGGAGAAACAGAGGAAGUGACUACAGUAAAAGGCAAUCCAACUUCUAUGAUGUGCUUUACUGAUGGCACCCCCACCCCCAAUAUGGUAUGGCUUAAAAAUGGACAACCCCUAAGCCUUGGAACCCAUCUGACUAUAAGUAAUCAAGGAAUGGUCCUUCACAUUUCAACAACAGAGACUGAUGACACAGGCAGAUUCACCUGUAUAGCAUCCAAUGAAGCGGGGGAAGUCAGCAAGUACUUUACCCUAAAAGUGUUGGAACCCCCUCAUAUCAAUGGAUCUGAUCAACCAGAAGAGAUAUCUGUGGUUGUUAACCACCUACUGGAGCUUUUUUGUAUGUCUAUUGGCAUCCCAGUCCCCAAAAUCACAUGGAUGAAGGAUGGGCGUCCACUCCCACAAAAUGACAAUGUUCAUGUCCUGAGAGGAGGAGAGGUCCUUCGAAUAGCCAGUGCUCAGGUGGAAGACACAGGAAGAUAUACGUGUUUGGCAUCUAGUCCUGCAGGAGAUGACGAUAAAGAAUAUCUAGUAAGAGUGCAUGUUCCCCCUAACAUUGCUGGCACCAGUGGGCCUCAGGAUCUCACUGUGCUGCAGAACAGACAAGUUAUAUUGGAGUGCAAGUCAGAUGCAGUGCCACCUCCUACGAUCACCUGGCUUAAAGAUGGAGAACGUUUACAGGCAACUCCUCGAGUCCGCAUCCUAUCCAGUGGCCGAUAUCUGCAGAUCAAUAAUGCUGACCUAGGUGAUACAGCAAGCUAUACCUGUGUGGCAAGUAACAUAGCAGGAAAAACUACCAGAGAGUUUGUGCUGACUGUAAACGUUGCUCCCACAAUCAAAGGUGGUCCUCAGACAGUUGUUGUGAAUAUAAAUAAAUCUGUUGUUCUGGAGUGUGUUGCAGAAGGAGUGCCAACCCCAAGAAUUACAUGGAGAAAGGAUGGGGCUAUUUUUGCUGGAAACAAUGCCAGAUAUUCAGUGUUAGAGGAUGGUUCCCUGUACAUUCACACAGCACACGUUACCGACACUGGACGAUAUUUGUGUAUGGCAACCAAUGCAGCUGGUACUGAACGCAAGCGAAUUGAUCUACAGGUCCAGGUUCCUCCAUCUAUCGCUCCUGGACCCACCAAUAUUACAGUUACUGUAAAUGUCCAAACCACCCUGCCCUGUGACACCACUGGAAUCCCCAGGCCAGCAAUAAGUUGGAAGAAGAAUGGGCAUCUCCUUAAUGUUGAUCAGAAUCAGAAUACAUACAGGCUUUUGUCUUCAGGUUCACUACUAAUCAUUUCUCCCACUGUGGAUGACACUGCAGUCUAUGUGUGCACUGUGUCAAAUGAUGCAGGAGAGGAUCAAAGAACAAUUGAUUUCAUUGUACAAGUGCCCCCAUCCAUAGCAGAUGAAACUACAGAUCUUCUGGUAACAAAACUGUCUCCAGCAGUAAUUUCCUGCACUGCUUCAGGUGUUCCUGUCCCCUCAAUCCACUGGACCAAAAAUGGGAUACGACUUCUUCCCAGAGGAGAUGGCUACAGGAUUCUGUCUUCAGGAACGAUUGAAAUAACUGCUGCACAGUUAGACCAUGCAGGAAGGUAUACAUGUGUGGUCCGGAAUGCUGCUGGCACUGCACACAGACAUGUUACUCUUCAUGUUCAGGAGCUACCAGCUAUUCAGGUGCAGCCAGGAACACUAGAUGUUAUCCUGAACAACCCCAUUCUUUUACCGUGUGAAGCAACAGGUACACCUCGUCCCAUAAUAACGUGGCAGAAGGAGGGCAUCAAUGUAAACACAACAGGCAAUAGUUAUACAGUUCUCCCCAGUGGUAGUUUACAGAUCGCAAGAACAGCUGUUGAGGAUGCUGGCACUUACAUGUGUGUGGCUCAGAAUCCAGCUGGUACUGCCCUAGGGAAGAUUAAGCUAAAAGUUCAAGUUCCUCCAGUUAUCAAACCCCAUUCUAAGAAAUACAUAGUUGCUGUGGAUAAAUCUGCCACUCUGCAGUGUGAAGUGGAAGGCUACCCAGUGCCUGAGAUCACAUGGCACAAAGAAGGACGGCAGGUUACAGAGUCCUUCAGGCAGCGAAUUCUCAGCACUGGGGCUUUGCAGAUUGCAUUUGUACAGCCUGGUGACACUGGACAUUACACAUGCAUGGCUGCAAACGUGGCAGGAUCAAGCAGUUCUAGCAUGGAACUCGUUGUGCACAUUCCACCUAAAAUCCGUAGUUCAGAGGUGCAGCACACAGUCAUUGAGAAUUCCCAGGCUGUUCUGUCAUGUGUGGCUGAUGGUAUCCCAACACCAACAAUAAACUGGAAGAAAGACAAUAUACCUUUACCAGACACAGUAGGAAAAUACAGGCCUAUGCAGUAUGGAGAUCUCGUUUUGGAGAAUGCUGUUCCUGAAGAUUCUGGUAGUUAUACCUGUGUUGCCAGCAAUGCUGUUGGUGAAGAUAUACACACUGUCAGCCUAAUGGUCCAUGUGCUCCCAGCUUUCACUGAACUGCCUGGAGACAUAGCUUUGAAUAAAGGAGAACAACUCAGAUUAACUUGUAAAGCAACUGGGACUCCGAUACCCAAAAUAACUUGGACUUUUAACAACAAUAUUGUCCCUGCAAAACUUGACAAUGCUAAUGGACACAGUGAACUAGUUAUUGAAAGAGUAUCUAAAGACGACUCUGGUACCUAUGUGUGUACAGCAGAAAACACAGUUGGCUCUAUAAAGGCUAUUGGAUUUGUGUAUGUCAAAGAGCCUCCGGUCUUCCAAGGGGAUUAUUAUUCUAGCUGGAUUGAGCCCUUGGGUGGUAAUGCUAUAUUGAACUGUGAGGUCAGAGGAGAUCCACCUCCAACAAUCCAAUGGAGCAAAAAAGGAGUUAGCAUUCAGAUUAGCAACAGGAUCCGACAACUCAGCAAUGGUUCUCUUGCCAUCUAUGGCACUGUUAAUGAAGAUGCUGGUGACUACACAUGUAUAGCUACAAAUGAUGCCGGCGUGGUUGAGCGCAGUGUGACACUAACGCUUCAGAGUCCUCCAGUUAUUACAGUUGAACCAGUAGAGAUGGUGGUUGAUGCUGGUAUCACAGCAAUCCUGAACUGCCAAGCAAAUGGAGAACCUACUCCAACCAUUGAGUGGUCCCGCCAAGGCCAUCCUAUCCUCAGCAGUGACAGAGUGACUGUCUUGUCUAAUGGCUCCUUGCGUAUUGUUGCAGCACAGAAAGAGGAUACCUCUGAAUAUGAAUGUGUGGCUAGAAAUCUGAUGGGAUCAAUCCUUGUCCGAGUGCCAUUUACUGUCCAAGUGCAUGGCGGAUUUUCAGAAUGGUUUGAAUGGCGACCAUGUAGUGUAACUUGUGGUCAAGGUGUUCAGAAGAGGAUCCGUCAGUGUAACAACCCUCUCCCUGCAAAUGGUGGGAGGCAUUGUCAGGGGCGUGAUACAGACAUACGCAGCUGCCAGAACAAACCAUGUCCAGUGGAUGGUACCUGGUCAGAGUGGGGGUCUUGGGAAGAGUGUUCAAGAACCUGUGGACAAGGUAACAAGACUAGAACCAGAACUUGUAGUAACCCAACAACUCAACAUGGCGGAAGACCAUGUGAUGGCAAUGCUGUGGAAUCGAUCAUGUGUAACAUCAGGCCUUGUCCAGUGGAAGGUGCAUGGGGCUCUUGGCUGCCAUGGGGACCUUGCAGUGAUACUUGUGGGAAAGGUACUCAGACCAGACUGAGGCUGUGCAAUAGCCCUCCCCCAUCAUUUGAUGGGUCAUAUUGUGAGGGGCCUGAUACACAGAUGCAGGUCUGCAACAAGAGACACUGUCCAGUGGAUGGAAAGUGGGCUGCUUGGGCCAGCUGGAGUGCCUGUACUGUAUCCUGUGGAGGAGGUACCAGGCAGAGGACAAAGGACUGCUCAGACCCAGCCCCUCAGUUUGGAGGGCACAAAUGUGAAGGAAAUGACAUACAGAUUGACUUUUGCAACAGUGACCCUUGCCCCAUUCAUGGCAACUGGGGUCCAUGGAAUGGUUGGGGAACUUGCAGCCGAACAUGCAAUGGAGGCCAGAUGAGGAGAUAUCGGACCUGUGACAAUCCUCGCCCUGUCAAUGGUGGAAGAGCAUGUGCAGGGGCUGACACGCAGAUACAGAGAUGUAACACUGACUUAUGCCCUGUGGAUGGAAACUGGGGAACAUGGCAAGCUUGGAUCGGAUGCUCUGCUUCUUGUGGAGGAGGGGAGCAGACCCGAACACGACUGUGCACUAAUCCAGCCCCCUCAAAUGGUGGACGUCCUUGCCCAGGAGACUCUUCACAGCUUUCCAGGUGUAACAUCCAAGCAUGUCCAGGUGGGCCUCCACGUGCCAGAGGAAGUGUUAUUGGAAAUAUUAAUGAUGUUGAAUUUGGAAUUGCUUUCCUGAAUUCCACAGUAACAGAUAGCCCUGACUCUGACACUAGAAUAAUACAAGCAAAGAUCACAAAUGUCCCUCGGAGUCUUGGUACAGCAAUGAGGAAGCUAGUUUCCAUUCUAAAUCCUAUUUAUUGGGCAGCUGCAAAGGAAAUUGGAGAAGCAGUGAAUGGAUUUACUCUCACCAACGCAAUCUUCAAGAGGGAGACUCAAGUGGAGUUUGCAACUGGAGAGAUUUUGCGAAUGACUCAUAUUGCCCGUGGUAUGGAUUCAGAUGGAGCAUUACUGCUGGAUGUGGUAGUGAGUGGCUAUGUUCUGCAGCUACAGUCCUCAGCUGAUGUUAGCGUGAAGGAUUACACGGAAGACUAUAUUCAGACUGGCCCUGGACGACUGUAUGCCUACUCUACGCGGCUCUUCACCAUAGAUGGAAUUAGUGUACCAUAUACAUGGAACCACACCAUUACCUAUGAUCACACUCGAGGAAAAAUGCCAUUCCUGCUGGAAACACUCCGGGCUUCCUCUAUUGCAACAGAGUACAACCCACUAGAAGAAACACUAGCUUUUAGAAUCCAUGCUUCCAUUGCAAAAGGAGACCAUAGCAAUCAGUGUCCUGCUGGGUUUGGUCUGAACUCUACUGGGCCCUACUGUUCAGAUGAAGAUGAAUGUGCAGUGCGAAACCCUUGUUCUCAUGCAUGUCAUAAUGCUAUAGGAACCUAUUACUGCUCCUGCCCCAGGGGCCUCACUAUAUCAGCAGAUGGAAGAACGUGUCAGGAUAUUGAUGAAUGUGCAUUAGGUGGACAUACCUGUCAUGCUGCUCAGGAAUGUGAGAAUAUCAUUGGCUCCUAUCGUUGUGUGGUUAGGUGUGGAAUUGGCUUUAGAAGAACAUCUGAUGGAUUGAGCUGUCAAGAUGUUAAUGAAUGCCAAGAGUUCAACUCCUGUCAUCAGCGCUGCUUCAAUACCAUAGGAAGUUUCCACUGUGGCUGUGACCCAGGAUAUCAGCUAAAAGGCAGAAAAUGCAUGGAUGUAAAUGAAUGCAGGCAGAAUGUAUGCAGACCAGAUCAGCACUGCAAGAACACACGUGGUGGUUAUAAGUGCAUUGACCUGUGUCCAAAUGGAAUGACCAAAGCAGAAAACGGAACAUGCAUUGAUAUUGACGAAUGCAAAGAUGGUACCCAUCACUGCAGGUACAACCAGAUUUGUGAGAAUACACGAGGGAGCUACCAUUGCAUAUGUCCAAGAGGGUAUCGAUCCCAGGGAGUUGGAAGACCCUGUCUGGACAUUAAUGAAUGUGAACAAGUGCCUAAACCGUGUGCAUUUCAAUGUGCCAACACCCCCGGCAGCUUCAAGUGUAUCUGUCCACCUGGACAACAUUUAUUAGGUGAUGGGAAAUCUUGCGCUGGAUUGGAGAGGUUGCCAAAUUAUGGCACCUAUUACAAUAACUAUAACUAUGCUCAAUUCUCCCCUGUGAGAGACAACUAUCAACCUCAACAGUAUUACAGGCCCGCCUCAGAUCUCUACAGCUCCUACUCAGAGUAUAGAAACAGCAGAAUACCUCUCUCCAGGACUAGAAGGAAUAUUAGAGAAACUUGCCCUGGAGGCUAUGAGGCACGAAAUGACAAAUGUAUAGAUAUUGAUGAAUGUGAAAACAGAGAUGCCUGUCAGCAUGAGUGUAGAAACACCCUAGGAAGUUAUCAGUGUGUUUGUCCAACUGGUUAUCGUCUUAUGCCCAAUGGCAAAACAUGCCAAGAUGUUGAUGAGUGCCUUGAACAGAACAUUCACUGUGGACCAAAUCGCAUGUGCUUUAACAUGAAAGGAAGCUACCAGUGUAUAGAUACACCUUGUCCACCAAACUAUCAACGAGAUCCUCUUUCUGGCUUCUGUCUCAAGAACUGCCCACUUAAUGAUUUGGAAUGUGCCCUUAGCCCAUAUGCCUUGGAAUACAAACUCGUUUCCCUGCCAUUUGGAAUAGCUGCCAAUCAGGAUUUAAUUCGACUGGUUGUCUACACUCAAGAUCAAGUGAUGCAUCCCAGAACAACUUUCCUAAUGGUAGAUGAGGACCCAACAAUCCCAUUUGCUCUCAGAGAUGAAAAUUUAAAAGGCAUAGUGUUCACAACCAGGCCACUGCAAGUGCCAGAGACGUACCGGAUGAGAGUCAGAGCUUUGUCCUACAGCACUGAUGGAAACAUUGAAUAUCAGACAACUUUCAUUGUUUAUAUAGCUGUGUCUGCCUAUCCAUAUUAAAAAGCAUACUUCAACCAGUAAUUGAAGUAUUUUAACCAUAUUCGUAAGUGCCAGUGGGUAUUACCACUUCCAGACUCACAGUACUGCCUCCUCUUAAAAACAGUUGAAAACUUUGCAAUGUGAAAGUGGUGCUAUGCUCUUUUCUUAUGCUUUCCCUGAAGAUGCCAAUAUUUCCAUUAUUCCAAUUUAAAAAAAAAAUCCAUGGUUCUAAGGAGCCUUUACCACUUGCUUUAUUUAUUACACUGGAGCAGUAACUUUCCACAGAUGGUUCUGAAAAUUCACCAGAACAAAUCAGAAGUGCAAGGUGGAAUUUUAGUGGUGAAAGUAGUAGACAAAAAUCAGUCCAAUCCUAAGAAGCUAAACAGAGAACUAGAUAUAUUUCUGCAUUUUUAAGGGUUGCUAAAUGUUUUACAAAUUUAUCUGCUGAAAAAUGAUAUUUUUCUUACCAAAUACUUGAUAGAAAUAGGUUUGUAUGUACAUUGUUUCAUUUGGUCAAAAAGGAAAAAUACCACUCGACACUCAAAAAUGCUAAAAUGGAUGCCAUAUUGGUGCUUAUUUUCACUUGGAAAUUUUGGAAUAGGAACCUGUGACAUUCAUGUGAUUUCAGCCAGGCCAUUACUGUUCUGAAGAAAAAAUUACACAGCUACUUCCACCUUAGACAGCAGAUAUUUCAUUAUAAAAAUCUUACUCUGACAUUUUGGUAUAACCCAUUAAUUUAGCUCCAAAUCUUCCACAUUCCACUACUGCUGGUUGGUUGUUUUGUUUUCAAAAAUGGAACUUUUCCCCCCAAAAAUUUAGCAAGUUUGGUUCAGCAAAAUAUUAGGUGUCAAUACACUGUAUAAAGGUGGUAACAAACUCUGGAAGUAAUUUUGUCAAGAUGUAUUCUAUUUUUAUGAAAUGUAUAUAUGUGGUUUUUCCCCCAUGUGUAUUUUCUAUGCAAUAUCUUGAGUUUUUUAUAACAACAUUUUUACCAAAGGAUAAUGUUACAUCAGAAAUAAUCAAAUAAAGGUUCACUUUUUCUUAA